AUGCCUGACGGAGACGACGACCAUGAAUCCUUCCCCUCUGUUCAAUCACACGCCCGUUCUCCCCCACGCUUUGAACGACCUUCCUCGCCGCUCGCUCCUUCCUCCAACGACUACCUUUCACUCGACCGCAUCUCGACCCUCACAUCCACAUCUCAACUGUCGGGACCACUUCUGUCCGCCCUCACAUAUCACCCAGAGCACUCGUCCUCUGAGCCUCAGGUACCUUACAGCACCAGUCGAGUAGCCGAAACUCGCGCCGAGCAGACACCGUCUCCUGAUCCCAGCGAUUUCUAUCGACCCUACACCGUCAAUGAUGCGGAGAAGAGUUCAGGCCUAGGAAGCCUGCUGCCCCCAGUCGACGUUCGACCAGGAAUGACCACAAUCACCUCUGCUCCUCGCUCGCCGGAAUUCUCACAACAUUUCGACUCUGCGUCCUACCGCCGCAACAGAUCCACACCUCGUUCAUUUCAACUACGGUCCGCAUCAGGAGAUUCAAGUACAUCGCCGAGGGACGGCGUUUCUCGCCCACAACCGUCUGGAUUUAUCGGCGCUCGAAAUAGGCAGGCCUCUUUCAAGGACUUGGUGGAACGCUUCAACAAGAACGUCGACGAAGUUCCGCCGGUACCUGUUCGAUCAGCAUCGGCCUUUUCGUCUCGAGCAGCUAGCCCUUCGCCUAGCUUUGGCAAUCGAAGUCGUUCUGGGACCCAGACGCGCGAGGCAAACCAACGGCACGAUUUGUCUCCCCCAACAUCUUUCCCAUCCAUACCGACCUACGAUCGACCAGAGCAAUCUCAGCACAACCUCUACCAGAACUCCCAGUCUCCAUCUUAUCAAACCUACGGCGGUCAUUCGUCGCGCCGACCAUUGUUUGGAGAGCUUCUUACUAUUGAUACCGCAGUGAAUGAUCGGCCGGGACAUGGUAUUCUUCAAGCCCAUCCCCGUCGCCGAGGCUCAGAGAGUAGCAUUUCCAGCCCACACCCAUUGCUUGGCGAUAGCUCGCGACCAGGAGGAGCAUUUGGUCCAGUAAUAUCACCAUCUUCGCCAACAGCUUGGUACUUGGGCUACACCCACUCACUGGAAUCUGUUAAUAAGAAUUUAUCCGAGGGUGGUGGCCGCAACCACCGCCGAUCAAGGAGUGACGCAUCCUGGACGACAGUGAAACCUAACGUGACAAGCCCUUUAGCAACCCAGGUGGCUGCCGUCGCGGUACAAGAUCCGGUCUCCACCAUGAACCCAGAAAGCUCUUACAUUACGAAAUCACGAAUUCCUUUGGCAAGCAGACGAGGAAGUCGAGCCUCAGAUUCUUCUACACCAUCAUCUCCUUCGACACGAACCAGUUCAGCCAUAGGCUUUCAUCCGAACAGUCACUCUAAUUCCACCGUCCAAAUACCACUUCCCCCUAAGGGUAGCAGUCGUCUACCGAAACCUCUUAAUCUGACAUCAACCUCGGCAUUCACAAACCCGGAGCGGAGAAUACCUAUACAUACUACCGUCAAAUCGCCAGGUCGUCGAAAUGUUACCCACAGCCAUGGAAGUCCGCGACAAGUUCCGGACAAGGGAUCGCUCAAGGUAUAUGUCUCUGCGCCUCCGCCCAAGAUGUCUCCGCCUUUGCGUAGUUCCAGACCACGACAACCUGUUUCCGCAGCAAGCACUGCAGCAUCUCGCGCUAAAGUUGUUGAUCGUGUUUCUCGUCUUCAGACUUCUGAAACUGCUGAUGAUCUUACACGGAAUCCUCGCACAAGAACACGAAAACCACCAGAGUUGGGUAAUGUAGAUUUUGCCGCUCGACGACAGCGCAUUCAGCAAGCUUUCAACAAGUCUGUUCAGGAGACCGUCAAAAAGGAGGAAGAAGCUGCCGAGCGUCGAAGGUUAGCCCGCUAUAAGAGAGAUGAGCAAGUGCGAUCAAUGCUCAUUCGUGAGGGCGAGCUUCGAAAGAUGGCCUCAAUGGAGUCGGCAUCUACUCCUAUACAGCCGCAUGCUACGAACGACUUUCCUGAUCCUCAAUAUACUACUCAUGAUGACACUGACAUCGAUUUUACCACAAUCGACGGGCAGAAUCCGAUUCCAACUUUGUCUGUCAUUACCGAUAGCAACAGCUUAAAUCAUAGUCAACAUUCAGAAGUCAAUCCUGAAUCCCAACCCAGCCUGGCCGACUCUCCCACAUUGGGUGCAUCGACAGUCCCAAAUAUCCACCCAGCUCCCGCUUCUGUUGAUCCUUCAGAUAUUCCCCCCUCCUCGGCGAUAACAACAGCUACCAAUGGUUCCGACUCUACUACCUUCGACCCUGAACCUCAAGUUGGACUCGACCAUCAAGCAUCUCACCGUGACCUCCUCAGUCGUAUUAUGCAAUUACGUGAAUCAAGCUCUAGUAGCGAGUGCGACGAGGAAGAAGAGGACGAUGAUGAUGACAAUGAGCUGUGUGACGAGGAGAAUGACGACAAUGGGUCAAUCCGCAUCAUGCUCGAUCCCGCCCGAGCUACAUUUUUCUUGGACGAGAUAGAUCGUAGCCAGAGCAACGACCUUGAAGCAAGUAAGAACACGGGGAGUGAUACCACUGGUCAUGACGACGUUAACAGAUGGAGUAUGGCAUCCUGGGCUUCUUCCACACGAGAGCAACAAUCGAGCCUAGAUAGCCAGUGCGACGCUGAAGAUGAGCCGCGACAAUCUACUGACCAUGAGAGUCAGCCAGUGCCUAAUUGGAACGAUUCUCCAAAUGGAUUGCGCCGUCAGGCCACUCUGGAUUCUUUCCACAACAGACCUGCCAAAGGUCUCGACACCCACAAGCGACAGCGUUCACAUCCGGACAACUUGAUCCGGCAGGGUGGCUGGGAUUCGAAACGAGUUACACAGCUUUAUGUACAACAACUAGCACGUGGCGGGCUAAGCGAAUCUAUAGAUCGCCCAUGGGAAAACUUUGAACGACAGAGCCGGGCUGAACAGAAUGCCAACAGCUUAGAAGAAGAUUCUGUCAUGGUGCCGCGUAUAGAAGAGUUAGCUCCUUCAGAUCGCGUCCCACACCGGGCCAGCUUGAACUUGCGUGAUGACUGGGAAAGUGCUUCGCCGUCAAUUGCCGAUUGGAUUCAAGUCGCGGCAGAAGAUGAGCCACCAGUACCUCCACCCAAAGAUGAUGUUAAACCGCAGGCUGCGGACAGGAAUCAUCAGCUAGGAGGCUCGUCUAUCCCGGAAAUCCCAACAUCAGUCCCUUCCCACGACAAGAAUUCGUGGAAUGGAUUGGGUCUCGCCAUCCAUGUGCAAUCUCCUGUGGAUGACGCUAGAGUUACUCCCAUGCCACCAAUGCCUUCUUACAGUCCCCCUCCGGCUCCAAAGGAUGAUGCGGCUCUGGAGCCAUAUUCUUCGAAGAUUCCUGCGCCCCAAUCGGUCUCACCAAGCAUCUACACUAGUCAACCUCCAUCCAGCAACCUUUCCAGUGACCCCUUUUCAACAGUUGAGGAACAUCUUCCAGUACGUCACAGCGAAGAUUCAUACCUCACACACUCUGGUUUCACUCCAUCGCCGCCAACGGUAGCAUCCUCUGCUACUUCACAGUACCAGAUUCCUGCUCCAGAUCUUGCUGGAGAGAUUCCAGCUGGCUCACCAACUCCUGAACAGAAGCAGCUGAAACAACGCCGACACGUUAUAAAAGAGCUUGUUGAUACCGAGUACACGUAUGGCCGGGAUAUGAAAGUAGUGGACGACAUUUACAAGGGAACGUCAAGUUCAUGCUUGGACUUAUCUGUGGACGACGUCAAAACACUUUUCGCCAAUUCCGACCAGAUUGUCCAAUUCUCCAUGAAUUUCUUUGAUGCAUUGAAGCAGGCAGCCAAAAGCGUGUACGUGAUGCCGAAAUCCGCACGAUGGAAUAGCAAAAAGGGGCAGCGCAACGGUCGCACCGAUUCGCCAGCGGAAGCACCAAGUUCGACUUCUGGGUUAUCUAGCUUGGAACAAGAUCAGCUUACCUUUAUUGGUCAUGUUUUCAUUAAGAAUAUGAGCCAGAUGGAAAAGGUUUACACGGAGUAUCUCAAGAACCAUGAGGCUGCGAACAAGAAACUGCAGAUACUACAGCGUAAUCCCAAGGUCGAAAUCUGGUUGAAAGAAUGUCGAGAUUGGGCGGCCGAUCUCACAGAAGCCUGGAACUUGGACGCUUUGCUGGUGAAGCCUGUUCAGCGUUUGGUAAAAUACCCUCUACUUCUGAACCAACUGAUCAACGCAACCCCUGAGAGCCACCCGGAUCAUGCAGCUUUGGUUCAAGCACUAGAAGCGGUUACAAAGAUUUCGGUUCGCAUUAACGACCUGAAGAAGCGCGCUGACGUCGUCGGUCAAGUCGUUAGCAGCCGAAAGAGGAAGGAAUCCGACGUUCGUUCUGGAUUUACCAAAGCGUUUGGUCGUCGAACCGAGAAGCUUCGACAACAGGUCGGUCUUUCCGAAAUGUAUGAGGAUACUGACUACAAUUCGCUGGCAAAUCGCUUCAACGAGCAUUUCUUUCAGUUGCAAGUUGUAAUGCGCGAUGUGGAAAUGUACACCCGCGAAAUCAAGUCUGGCAUGGAGAAGUUCAAUGACUACAUUGGUGCCCUUCACGGUUGCAUUGAUGUGGCGCAGUCCAACUACACGGAGAUAGAAAGCAAGUGGCAUCGAUUGCGAGUGUUUGUUCGGGAGAUUAUGAGCGUUGCUCUCCCUGACCAUAUCUCAACCGUCCGCAAAGGUGUUAUCGACCCUAUGUUGACCGUCCUCAAGCUGUAUGAAGGCCCGCAGAAAGUAAUGACCAAGCGAGACAAGAGAUUGCUUGACUAUGCUCGUUACAAAUCCAUAAUCGACCGCGGCGAUAAACCAGACAGGCGAACCAUUGAACAAGGCGAGCAAUUCUCGGUGCUGAACGACGCUUUAAAGGAUGAGCUUCCGCGACUUUUUACUCUUACUGCCAAGCUUAUGGAAGCAUGUUUGAAGAAAUUUGUGUCUAUACAAGAAGGAUGGUACCAGAUCCUUCAGCAGAAACUCGGACCUAUUCUUGAUCGCUUCCCUGGAGAUGUGACAGGCAUCGUUAGUGACUGGUCAGCCGACUUCUCAUUCGCUGAUGCACAAAUCAUGUCACUUGCACUUUGCAACGGAACUCUUCUCUCUGAAGCUGGCAACCUGGCUAAUUUCAACGCCCCUCUAGGGGAUGGGCCAACCUCGCCUCGAAGGCCUUCAACUGUUACCAGUACUAGCGCUCGUACCACAUCAGGCACCUUUGAUAGUUCUCCGAAAGUUUCCUACGAUCAGGGAACCAUUGCAACAUCGAUUCAAUCGUACGGAAUGGACGGGCAGACCGAUCAGCAUAGCUCUUUUUCAUAUAUCGGAGGUCGUACACGUGCCAGCUCAUCUCUUUCCAACGUGGCUCGCCCAGGAGCGAGUGCAGAAUCAGUCAAUGGUCAGAUUGGCACUGGUGCAAUGGCCCAAGCAUUGUCGCCAGGACGGCCUAGCACGGGAUCGACUGGUCGUCAAACAGACUCGUUUCACACCGCUCCUCGUUUGAGUCUAGAUAUGCCUUUCAUGCGUGAUUCCUUGCUUCAAGAGACAAGAACAGCUGAAACAACUGCGUCACCAGCUCGAUUCUCGGGAUUCUUUUCGUCUGCAAUGCCCAUGGCUGACUCACCAAUGCAAGAAGCAGCCGCACCUCUACUAGCACCAGUAACAAGUGCCAACCCCAAUCCGAAAGUCUUGUUCCUUGCAGCCAGUCUUUACGAGUUCAACAUUGACAAGUCCCGACGUGAGGCCGGAUAUCUUUAUCUCACCUAUACCGAGGGAGAAGUGUUUGAUGUGAUUGCAGAAAAGGGCGAGUUGUGGCUCSCCMAGAAWCAAGAMGACCCUACAGGCCAGGUUGGCUGGAUAUGGACUCAGCAUUUUGCAAAGCUUGGUUGA